UGACUGCCUUCAUUCCCACACUUGCCCUGGGAAGCCUCCACCUCCUACUUUGGGCCUCUACCCUGCCCACUGGGCCCGGCCGGGCCCAGACCCAGCCUCAGCCCUCACUGUGGUUCUUACCAGGCUCAGGUAGCCCUUUGGUCCCAUCCCUGAGGCAGUGAGCAAACCUCUGCCAGAUCAGGGCCUAGCUGAGGCUCAUGAAGGGAAGGAUCCUAAGGUUACCAAGAGCCAGGUCCCUCCUCUCCCCUCAAAUUGCCCUUUCCUGGGAUUUUUAGAGGAAGGAACUGGGCAACUCUUAUCCAACCCCUUGGUGCACCUGCCUAAAUUAUGCUGUGAUGCCGUGCAAGAAUGGGGCUGGCACCCAGGGAUCCCUGGGGUGCUGGUGUGUGUCCUUUCAGGAGGCGGUGACAUUUGGUGAUGUGGCUGUGCACUUCUCCCGGGAGGAGUGGCAGUGUCUGGACUCUGGCCAGAAGGCCCUCUACAGGGAGGUGAUGCUGGAGAACCACAGCAGCGUGGCCGGACUAGCAGGAUUCCUGGUCUUCAAACCUGAGCUGAUCUCCCGGUUGGAACAGGGACAAGAGCCAUGGGUCAUCGACCUGCAGGGAGUGGAGGGGACAGAAGUACCAUGGUUCGCCCACACAGAUUCUGCUGUUAGGCCUUCCCAUGAGCAGGAGGACAUGGACCUUCUAAAGCCUCAGGGUCCUGGCUGUGCAGACACUUCCAGUUCUGAGGUCUGGUUAGAGAGACAUCCAAGCAGCCCUGUGCUGACAUUGCGAGGCUCCCUCUUCCAGAAUCACUGUUCGAAUAAAGAGACUGUGGCUCCUAAGACCUUGACUAAGGACACUAUGCAGGAACACAAGGAACUGGGGGCCAGUGGCCUUGGCCAUCAGCCUGGUAAAGGUCAGAGAGCUGGCGUGCAGGGGUCGUCACAGCAAUGCCAGGUAUGUGGCAGAUGCUUUGGACACACUCCAGACCUGGCUGCACACCAGGAAGUUAGUAUGCAGGAGAAGCCUAACUACUGUCAAGAAUGCCAAAAACAAUUAUCUGGCUGUUUUCAGGGGAAACUUCGAAGUAACUGCUGUGGGGAGAAGCCAUAUGAGUGUGAGGAGUGUGGGAAAGUCUUCAGGCUGUCUUCACAGCUCAAUCAGCACCAGAGAAUCCACACUGGAGAGAAACCAUUCAAGUGUGUGGAGUGUGGAAAAGCCUUCCGCCUGAGCUCAAAACUAAUUCAGCAUCAGAGAAUUCAUACUGGAGAGAAACCAUACAGAUGUGAGGAAUGUGGGAAGGCCUUUGGUCAGAGCUCAAGCCUCAUCCAUCAUCAGAGGAUCCACACAGGAGAGAGGCCCUAUGGCUGCCGGGAGUGUGGGAAGGCCUUCAGCCAGCAGUCUCAGCUGGUUAGACAUCAGAGAACUCACACUGGAGAGAGACCCUACCCCUGCAAGGAGUGUGGCAAGGCCUUCAGCCAGAGCUCAACUCUAGCUCAGCACCAGAGGAUGCACGCUGGGGAGCGGUCUCAGAUGCCUAGAGCUUCUGAGGGCCCAGGCCACACUGCACAUCAGAGAAGUCACACUCUGGAGAAACCCUUUAAGUGCGAUGAGUGUGGGAAGGCUUUCAGGUGGAUCUCUCGCCUGAGUCAGCACCAGCUGAUUCACACUGGAGAGAAGCCUUAUAAAUGCAACAAGUGCACAAAAGCCUUCGGGUGUAGCUCACGACUCAUUCGCCACCAGAGAACUCACACCGGAGAAAAGCCAUUCAAAUGUGAUGAGUGUGGGAAAGGCUUUGUGCAGGGCUCGCACCUCAUUCAGCAUCAGCGGAUCCACACUGGAGAGAAGCCCUACGUGUGCCAUGAUUGUGGGAAAGCCUUCAGCCAGAGCUCCAGCCUCAUCUACCAUCAGAGGAUCCACAAGGGAGAGAAGCCCUAUGAGUGCCUCCAGUGUGGGAAGGCCUUUAGCAUGAGCACGCAGCUCACCAUCCACCAGAGGGUGCACACCGGGGAGAGGCCCUACAAGUGCACUGAAUGUGGGAAAGCCUUCAGUCAAAACUCAACCCUCUUCCAACACCAGAUAAUUCAUGCGGGAGUGAAACCCUACGAGUGUAGCGAAUGUGGAAAGGCCUUCAGUCGGAGCUCUUAUCUUAUUGAACACCAGAGAAUACACACGAGAGCCCAGUGGUACUAUGAAUAUGGGAAUACCUUGGAAGGUUCCACCUUUGUGAGCCGUAAAAAGGUUAACACCAUAAAGAAACUGCACCAGUGUGGUGACUGUGAAAAAAUAUUCAGGUGGCGCUCACACCUGAUCAUACACCAGAGGAUUCACACCGGAGAGAAGCCUUACAAGUGUAAUGACUGUGGCAAAGCUUUUAACCGCAGUUCAAGGCUCACACAACAUCAGAAAACGCACCUGUAGGAAUGAAUAGAUGUGAGUAAACCUGCAGCUUCAACUUGCUCAUGUUAUGUGAGGUCAUUUAUACUGGCAGGAAAGUAGAGUGUUGGGAUAGAUUCAGAAUUGCCCUCUUAAGAAUGUCCGGCUUCGUGCAAAAUGUAUGUUUAUUUGCCCAUUAAAUAAAGCCCAUUCCCCUCACACUCAGGGUGCAGUCUGUAGUUUUGAGUUCACAGAGGGCAGAACCCAGGACCUGCAGAUGAGGAGCAAGCUUGAAGGAGACCCUGCGAGCCCUGCCAGACAGCAGGUUAAGGAAGUCACCUCAAAGUGGCUUCAACAAUGAGGAUGUGUUUGCACUGAUAUUAGAAGGUGUCCAGAAGUGGCAUGCCUAGAAUUCACUUCUGACUACUUUACCUGGCAACUUCUCUUAAAACUCAUCCCUGGUUAGAGCCACCCAGGGCUGGCCCUAUCCCCUUGAGAGGCAGGCUGGGUCCUGAGUCUGUCCCUGAGUGUGGGUGUGGCUGGCAUUCAUGGAGCACACUUCAGAAGCUGGUGAUAUGGCAAGGUCUUGAAGUCACACCUGCUGUCCAGGAGCUGACUGUGUGACCCAGGAUAUCUUGGUCUCCCUGAAACGUGGAGCUUUUUGCUUACCUGAAAAUAUGUCCUGUUGAUGUGUACACAUCUUAUUGUCCCCAGCAGAGGAUAAGCACUCGUGAACCUCUCCCCUUGCACUGCACACCCCCAGCCCAUGCCCCAGUUGGUGGACACAGGCCUGGACCCCUGGACUGGAGGACCAUCUUGUUUGGUCCAGUGCUCUACUCUUCAGGGGACACACCUGGAGAGGUCAGGAUGGGUUUGUGCUGCAGGACACAUUUCCUUGAAGCUCCUCAGCCUGAACCAGAAACUGGAAGGACUGAGAGAGCCCAAGAGUGUGCCCUUUCUGGAAGCCAUGGAGACCCCCUGCUCCUCCAUAGAUCUGGAGAUGGCAGGCAACUUACAGCAGUGGCUUUCCUGUGUGCCACCUGGGGCCACACAGAGGAGAAGGGUCAGGGGGGUGCACGGGCAUGUCAGCUGAGAAACGGAUGGGGGGUCCAGCGUCAUGGUGAGCAGCAAGAGCCUGCCCUGCUGGGCCCUGGGCUUGACUCCCUCACCUGGGACUUUCCCUCCAGCACAGAUCCCUCCUCGAGAGGAUCUGUGUGAAGCACGGGGGCCUGACACUCCUGGCUCACAGGACAGCAUGGGGAGGCUUGGGCUGUUGACAGCUCAUGACUGACAGGGCCUCACCGUGGCACCAGCCACUCGGGUGCAUCUGACCAACAGGUGGGGUGUGUUCGAGUUUGUCUCCGAGCAUCUGAGACCACCGUGCACAGGCCUCCUCAAGGUGCAUGAGGCCCAGUGCAGUACUGGCCUCUGUCCUGGCCCACGGCGCUGGUCCCUCAGCUGUAAGUGUGUUCUGGAGGCAGGUGAGCUCUUUCCCAGCUGGUCAGGGUUUGCACCCUCUUCUGAGCCUGCAGUGUGCUUCAGAGCUGCUCAGGGACUGCCCUGUCCCUGCGGACGUAACCACCUUUCUGUGGAGUACCUGCAGGCUCGACUCCAUCUCCAGGGCAGCUUUGGGUGCCAGCUCAGUGUCACUGGCUCCCUGUCUAGGUGGUGACUCUGCCUCAGAAUGUGGUGUUGAUGUGACUGUUUCGCCUCAGGACUCGGACGAAUUGGCAGCGAGGGCUCAGUAAGCUCACUGUGCACAGACCUCUGCCUCAGGGUCUAGGGCCAUGCUGACAUGGAGCAUGCAGGGAGACUGCUGCCCUGCUGCCAGUCCCUUGAGAGGGUGGACUCACUGCCACCCUGCUGGAGGCUCCAUGAGCAUCAGUUAUCCAGCUUGGAGGGCUUGUCUUUAUUAUUUUCAUUGGUCUCUUCUGCCAUUUCCACCUUCCUUUGCCUUUGUGCUCCCUACUCUCCCAGGCUUCUCUGCAAGGGUCCUAGUCGAGCCCAGUUUUACACAGACCUCUCUUUCCUCUGCUGCAGUGGUUACUGAGUAAGCCUGUUUCUACUGUCUCCAGGGUCUGGCUUUGUUUUCCCCAAGCAGGGACAGCCUGUCACUUUAGGUGCAGAUCAUCAGGCAGGGGACCAAGCUGUCUGCCCAGGAUAGGCCAUGACAGGCCAGGCUGAGUGCCAGUGGGCAUGGACCUACAUGGACUGGGAGGCUGCUGGGCCUCCUCCCUCUGCCUCCCACACACCUUCCAUGCCAUUCCUUGCCAGAUGUCCUGUAAAAGAAGAGCCUGAAAUUGUGUCUUGUUCUCUAGAUAGUCUGCAUUCUGCUCUGAGAAGGAUUAUCUUUCAUUUUCUAUUAAAGCUCUUCCUUUGCUAAAACCCAAUGGAUUUUCUUGAGUCUGGAAGGCCCAGUCUCCUCCACCUCUGGAAGGACUUCCUUGAGUCCCCCAAGGGUGACACCUGCCUGCCUGUCAGAGUCCUUGAGACUGAGUCCCUCCCCUGGGCACCUCCUGGGGCAGGAGAUGGAGACCGGGCCUGGCAUCAGAGGUGUUCCAUUUGAAAAAGCUUGGCAACCCUUAAGUGUUUUUUUUGUUUUUUUGUUUGUUUUGUUUUGUUUUGUUUUGUUUUUGAUUCUUCAGCUAGAACAGCAGAAGGGAUGAUUUAUUGUACAUGUACACUGGACACAGUUGAGAAAUGAGGUAGACCAGAAUACUGGAGUUCCCAGGCAAAGGACCAACUGGGACUGUUAUGAGCAACAUAACUGGGUCUUCUCAGUGGUGAUCUUGGUGACGGAAUGGUGAUGUGAGUUCUAGUCCACCGAGAAAGAAUCUGCACAAUAUCAGACCGUCAUCAACUGGUGUCAGUGGCUGUGAAAUUAAAGAUUGGUUGAGAUGCAGAAUGUUGAGUGAAUGUUCACUGUUGUUCCUGUCAUUGUCACAGGCACUGUUCCCCUGCUCCAUGUCCCGCAUCCUGGUAAAGGAAAUGGCAUCCCAUCCUUCCAGGGGCUUACCCAGUACUCCUGGAAUGGCCUUUCGCAGCUGACAGGAAUUCCAACCCUGAGCCUGGGACCCCUGACUGUGAAGGCGACAGAGCUCCCUCCACACGCAUCAAAUGCACACGUACAAUCCCCUUUUAGUGGAGGAGACAGGAGCUGUCUCCAGCCUCUGAUGAACACGUACACUCCUCUGAGAGUGGAGGAGACAGCAGCUGUCUCCA